AUGCGAAAGAAGCCACGGCUGACCGCGGCGGAACAGGGCACGCAUAGAGCGAUAACAAAGGGGCAGAAGGCGCGGGUUGGCGGUGUGCCGGGAGCCGAGGAAAGCGACGAUGGAGGAGAGUCGAUGCGAGCAACGAGCAUAAAGGCGCAGGCGCUACGCUACCUUGGGUUGAUCGGCGAGGGGGUGUGCCUCGUAAUACUGCCGGCUGGAGGAGGAUCUCCGCCUCUGAGGCUCUACAUGUCCGCCUGGGACCAUAACGGCCUCGGCAGAGCAAAGCCGUUGGGUAGGCCAUCAAAGGAGUGCGCGCUUUUGGAGCACGUCUGGUGGGAUACCCUGGGCCGACUGAACUGCACGUGCCAGCGUGGGCGGCUCUCCGACAAUGCACCCUGCGUUCACAAGCUCGCUCUUGCGGCGCUGAGCAAUGAUUGGAUGCAGGAGGCCACUCUUCCGACGGCGCAGCGAGUCAAGCAAGGGGCUAGGAAAGAAAGGAUUGGCUUCAAGGACGAGCUUGGGAGCUUCUUUGCGGUGGAGGACAGCCCGCAGGGGCCGAGCUCAAAACGGCGGAUGCUGUUUCGUUCGACGGCGGGGUCAUGGUAUUGCGAGGGCAAAAACGACGGGUGCCCAGCAGUAAGCGAUUGCUCGCAUGUUGCCGCGGCAAAGGCGGCGGUUCGCGCGGGAGACGUUCCGGCGGCCUCGGGGCUGCUGGUCGGGUCCGAGGCUCUUGCAAGGGCAAAGCUGUGGCUCGAGCAAUGGGGGGGGGAGGUGCCAAUGAUUAGGAAUGUGCCCGCCGUGGGACACAGAGAGAAGCAAACUUGUCUAUCGAGCGAGCAACGCAAACUCGUGGGGCUCCUCGCAAGACAGCCGCACGAGGGAGAGUUGUGCGCGGGCCCUUUGUGCUUUUGCCAGAGGCAUGGGGCCCUGUUCGACGAGGCGCGACGGGACGAGGAGGCUCCGUCAUUGGACGCCGCGUCGGAAAGCGCUCCGGAAGCAAAACGGCCGAGAAGGUCAAAAGCGUUUUGGAAGCACUCGCACGCCGCCCCCGUCGCCCCGACCAUGAGGCCGGCCCCACCCGUUGAUGCUCGGGGCAAGGACGCAAUCCACGGCUGGGUCCUUGCUUGUUUUGAGUGCCCGCUCGCAUCAAACGAAUGUGCGCAUGGGGAAGGGUCCCGCGUCCAUUGCCCCGUCAUGCUUAUCGGCACAGAAGCCGUUCAAAUCUCAAAGCCCAAGCUGGCUCGGCUCAGCGAUGCACCCACCUUUCAUGACCCUUUGGUCACGGCCCUCAGGGGCGCUCCGAUCCGGGUCAGCGAGCUCACGCAUGCGAGCUUUGUGGAGCUGUCGGAGCGAGGCUUGCUGAGCGCCCCUUGCCCACUUCAACCCCCCCCUUGCGGCACGAGUUGGGCCGAAACGUGGGUAGAAGCCUCCGUCACGGCCUCGCAGUGGAGCCGAAGGGUCAAGGUACGGAUAUACACGUGCCAGUGCCUCGACAUAGCGCAUACGGUCCACUUUGACGGCGAGCACCUCGGCCUGUACACGUGGAACGUGCGCACGCUGUUCGUACAGCAGAGCCUCCAACUCCUGCUUCAAUCCAUGCACCACGGGGUCUCCUUCAAAGCCGCCCUCGCCAUGAAUCAAGCCGCUUUCCAGUGCCGUCCCGGAUCGGAGGUGCUGAGCGAAACAACGUGGCGACGGGCCUCGCUCGACUACUUCAAGCUCGUGGGCCUUGGGAUUCGAGACUGCUGCACGCUCUGCGGCCUGCAUCCAAAGGUGCUGUUAUGCGACGGGAUUGUGGGCGUGGCAAAUUCGGACGGUGGAAAGCGGCCGGGAGGGUUCGGGUCGGCGACCCUCGACGCUCGAAGAAGCAUGACGCACCCGAGCCGCUCAAAGGAGGGGGAGCUGCUCCAGACGGCCUCCAUUUCGGGCCGGGACUACUGCGGCGCGGGCCUGGAAGGUGGCGGCUUGAAGCGCCAGCUCGUCCUCCAGCCCGAGUUGCGCGAGGCGCUCGCGCGUCUUUCCCAGCACCGGCCGCGAGACGAGCGGCUCGGCCCGAGGCUUUCCGAAACCGGCUUCAAGAGCCUCCUGGACGGAUUGACGCACGAGGAGACGCGCGUCGUGAAGGCGUUCGGGCCCGCCGAAGCAGAGGGGCCGCUUCCGGAGGACGGUAGGCGGCGGUUGCUCACCGAGCAGCGAACGAUGGUUAGGGAUCGGGGGAUGGCCGUAUGCGAGCUUUUGGCGGGAAUCCAGGACGACUUUCGAAGGAGGGGGAUGAACCCGAAGCUCUGGGAGAGCUGGGUCGGAGAAUGGAGCGAGCUUUUGUACUGCCUCGGAGCGCACGAUGCAGAUGAGGAUCUGAUCGGAACGGAAGGGCUGAGCGCCGUCCGCAAGCUGUUGCUGGGAGGGGAGGCGUCCAUAGAGGACACCCGGCGGCUGGGGAGGGCGGCCCCAAUCCUGAGACGAAUCCUCGACGCCCACGGCGGCCUCGCGUUCCCUGGAUUCUUCAUGCCCGUCCUAAAACAACUCUACCUGCUCUGCCUCUUUGCAAAGGGCGCAACGGGUUUUGCGGCCGACGGAAACCUUGGCUGGGUGUACGCGGCGAUUCGGCCGUUCGACGCUGAGGCCGUUCGGCUGCUUGGGGAGGCGCGAAGACGGCCUUUAACGCCGGAAGAGGGAGAGGCGCUUGAGAACGAGCGCGCUGUGGCGAACGAGCUCCUUCCGGGCGUGGAGACUUUGCAUCCGAGCCCCCAGCAAUGGGGCUCGAUGAGCGACCGGGAGAGGGCCCUCCUCUUGGAGCGUCUGGGACGCGACGAGGAGGGCUCAUUGCUCCAUCCGCUGCCGGUGGGGCACGCUUUCAGGGCCGAGCAAGACGCGCUCGCACACUACAGCUUCCCAGGAUGGGAGCAGAAGCGGGGCUUGCCUCAGUACACGAGCUUCGAGCACUUUGACGGCCGCUCUCGGAGCUCGGAAGAGUUCAAAUGUGCAACCGGAAUGACGGUCGGCGACUGGGAUCGUGAGAACGCGUCCGGAUUGGUGAAAGGGGGCGGGAAGGCGGCAAAAAAGGGGGGCACUUUGAAGCGCCCCAAUCGGAGUCGAGGCGCCUUCGUCUUCUGCUGCCCCCACCGAGUGAUCUACGGCUUUCACGUCAUGCUGCGAGGGGAGAGCCCAAGGGACGCGUUUGCCGUGCUGUACACGAGGAUAGCGCGCGAGAACUUGCCCUCCGUCCUUGUGUACGACAACGCAUGUGCCCUUCGCAACUACUGCAUGCGCCGGGCUCCGGGCCACUUUGGAAAUGUCCGCUUCGUCGUCGACAGGUGA